CGUCACCCAAAAAUAAAAAAAUCAAAAAAAAUCAAAACAUCAAAUUACACGGUAAAAACCCACAGUUUAGAACUCCCCUAAAACUCACAAUUUAGAGGUCUGAGCUCUGAGGUCUGAAAUAUUUUUCUUUUAAUAAAGUAUUACAUUGGUCUUGUCUCCCUUUUCAAUGCUCUUCCUUUUCUUUCUUCUUAACUCUCUCUCUCUCUCAUAUAUAUAUAUAUAUAUAUAUCAUCACUGUAAACACAAUUUGUAAGAUAGAUUAUCAUUUGAUUCGUUUAAGUCCUUUCAAAUCCUGCUCAGAAUUCUCUCUCUAACUUCAAUGGAAAAGAAGAAAGUAGUAUUGAAAUUGGAUGUGCAUGAUGAAAAGGCCAAGCAUGAGGCCAUGAAAACAGUUACUAGCCUCACAGGGAUUGAUUCAAUUGUUAUGGACAUGAAUGAGAAGAAAUUGACAGUGAUCGGAGAUGUUGAUCCUGUCAUUGUAGUGAGCAAAUUGCGAAAACUAUGCCACACAACCGUAGUGACUAUUGGGCCGGCCAAAGAGCCCGAGAAGAAAAAAGAAGAGCCUAAAAAAGAGGAAGCCAAGAAGGAAGAUGGAAAGAAAGGUGGUGAUAAGAAGAAGGAUGAAGAAAAGCAGAUUGAAGAGCUUGUGAAGGCCUACAAAGCUUACAAUCCUUACAUGACUCAGUACUACCAUGUCUAUAGUGCUGAGGAGAACCCAAAUGCUUGUGUUAUCUGUUGAAAGUGUGAGAUUGAGAAGUAGAGAGUUUAUAGUUAGGACAUUGUGUUCAUUGGGGGUUAGGCUUUGAGUUGUGUCCAAACACCCAUCUUCGAUGAGAGUGAAUAAAAGAGGAUGAUGAUCCUAUUGUACAGUUGGUGUUGGUAGGUAGAUUGUUCUUUAUCCAUGUGCUAUAGGACAUUAGAUGUACAAAGGUCAAAAUAAAGAGAGGAAAUAAAUUUUUGUACUUGGUAGGCAGCAAUUAGUUAUGCUCAUGUUGUGUUUUGCUCAUCUUUGAGGAGGAAAGAAAGAGUGAAUAUGGAAAUUUACUGUAAAUGUUUUAUCCUUACUCCUAAAUGAUAUAUCUAUCUAUACUAUUAUAAA